CUUAGGUGUUGUUAGUGGUCAAAGAAAAGGAAAAGCCCAAUCAAUAAAACUUAAUGCAGAGGGCUAUGUACUCUGUCGUUUUAUCAUUUUUAAUCUAAAAUAAGACCAGAAGACCAGCGGUUUAUUUGUAGAAAAAGACCUUCGUUCUUUCCGAGCGAAGUUUGGCUUAAAAGUCAACGGCAGAAGCAAAAGAAGCAUUCCACAAACAAGUUUCUCAGAAGCCGAUCUGAUUAUAAGCUCAUAGCCGUUUAUUUGCAGCAAAGAGAAGAAAAUGGUGGAAGUGAUUCCCAAACAAAUCAAAGAUGUUUGGGAUAGCUGGAAUAUCAGGGGAAUGGUCAUCCUCAGUCUUUCGCUUCAGACAAUUCUCAUUUUCCUUUCUCCCUCCAGGAAAAGAACGCCCAACAAGUUCCUGAUCUUUCUCUUGUGGUCCUCGUAUCUCUUGGCAGAUUUGUCUGCGAAUUUUGCGGUUGCAUUGAUUGCCAAGAACCAAGGUAAAGACCCUAAACCUGAUGAUCCUCCUCAAGACAAGAAGCUACUCGCCUUGUGGGCACCUUUCUUGCUCUUACACCUUGGUGGACCAGACACAAUCACUGCGUUUUCUCUCGAGGACAAUGCUCUCUGGAACAGACAUUUCCUUGGGCUUGUCUUUCAGGCGCUUGCAGGUGUCUAUGUGGUUAUCCAGUCUCUACCCAAUGUGCUUUGGGUGAUAAUACUGUUGCUGUUCAUUGCUGGGACUUCUAAGUAUUUGGAAAGGACAAUUGCGCUGUACCUAGCAAGUUCAGACAAGUACAGGGGCUCGAUGUUGCAGACGUCCAGUUCAGCGUUUGACUACACCGAGCAGCCAGACAACCUAGAUAUGGACUCAAUCAUUGCUUCUGAGAUGUACAUGAAGGAGCAUCGCCGACAGCUGAAACCUCCGAAGCUCAUGAUUCCCAAUAGGAAGUUGACCCACCUCGAAAUUCUUCAGUAUGGUUUCUUCUUCUUCAAUAACUUCAAGAGUCUUAUGGUCAAUAACAUCUUCAGCUUGGAGCUACGCGAUGAGAGCAUGGCAUUCUUUAGAGCACCGAAACUACAAGACGAAGAAGCUCUGAGAAUUAUGGAGGCCGAGCUCGAUUUUAUCUAUGAAGGACUGUACACAAAAGGUGCGGUUCUUCAUAGUUGGGUUGGACUUGUGUCCCGAUUCAUAUCAUUGGGAUCUCUUUUGUCAGCCUUCACCAUCUACCAUUACAGACACAAUAAGAUACAAGAAUUUCACAAUGCCGACAUUGUAAUCACCUACACGUUGUUCUUAGUUGGAAUAGCACUGGAUGUUAUGUCCUUGUACAUAUUUAUGGUUUCCGACUGGACGAUAGCCAUGCUCUCAACACUAAAGGAUGACUUCGAGAGGAUCCCUUCACGGAAAGACAGAAUACUCGACUGGGUCCUUGGUCUCAAGAGGCCAAAGUGGAAGUGGCAAACAUGUCGGGAGGAACAUAAGCAGGAGGUGCUUAACACACCGUUUUUACUUAGAAGAUGGACCGGAAGCAUCACAAUGUUCAACUUCAUCACAUACUCCAUGAACGCGGAUACAGAAAGGAUCCACAAUCCCAGGGGUGGAACAUUCCAGCUUUUAUGGAAGACCCUACUUUGCCCUUUCAGUUACGUAACAUCUGUACACAGUGAACCUUUGACAAAAGAGCUAUGGUCUUUCGUAUUUUAUGAGCUGCAAGAGAAGUCCCAGAUUCUAGACAGCCUGGAGAAUACCACAACAAAAUCCUCGGCCAGGAAAGAUUGGGCAUCAAGCCACACCCAGAUUCAAAUAGCAGAUCAUGAAAUGCUGUUACGUUACAUAACAGAUCUUGAUUAUGACCACAGUCUUUUGAUUUGGCACAUUGCCACCGAGCUCUGUUACCAAGAAAAAGAUUCGGCCAAAGAAAAGUGUGAUAACUCUGAGUAUCACACUAACCGUAAGAUCAGCAAAAUGCUCUCAGACUACAUGAUGUAUCUCCUGAUCAUGCAGCCUAAGCUGAUGUCAGAGGUAGCUGGAAUAGGAAAGAUCAGAUUCAGAGAUACAUUGGCCGAGGCUGAUAGGCUCUUCAAGAAGAUGCGUAUCGAAAACUCUAGAUAUGUGAAAUUUGCCAGCGGAGUUAUUCUUUCCGUUGAUACAAGCAUCGAACCAAGAGAUGUCAAAGGAAACCAUAGUAAAUCGGUGUUGUUUGAGGCAAGUUCACUGGCCAAAGAGCUUCAGAGACUGGAGAGAGAUUUUGGACAAGACAAAUGGAAGACACUUAGCAAAGUGUGGUUGGAGUUCCUCUUCCACGCAGCAUCACACUGUGAUGCUACAACGCGUAUGGAGCUACUUAGCAAAGGUGGGGAGUUCAUCAACUUCGUUUGGCUACAAAUGUCUCACUUUGGCCUAGGUGAUUGAAUAGCUUAACUCACACCGAAAAGAUCAGAUUCAGAGCCACAACUUGAGGUAUCUCAAGUUUGCUUCCGUUUAUAAAAUACUUUGUGAGUUUCAACUACUAAAUAAGCUUCAGAGCCUAAUGAAAUUUAAAACCUAACAUUGAAGCAAUCUGAUGUAAAUUCUCAUGGGCAUCUAGAGAGCAUCUAAAGUGUUAUUGUACGAUAAACACUAUCCUAAUUCAACACAACUCAAAAUAGAAAAUUCUCAUCAAAAUAUCAAAAAGGAUUCAAGUCCCAUACCUUAUUCGUAGCUGCAUUGUCGUAACCCAGAACGAUUGAUCAACCUUCGCCAUAACUGAAAAAAAAAACCCCGAAAAUACAAAAUCUUCGAAUUAUAAAACAUCGACGAUUCGCCAUUAAUCGAAUUCAAACGGAAAACUCUCUCCCGAUCAGCUCAAUCUCCUCCGGUUUUUUUUUCUCCCGACGAGAAA